CUCUGUAUACGAGUUACCUGUCAUAAAGCUGACAUAAGCGUCUAGCGUCACUUCACUUUCAUUCCCCGUCCGCCAUCUUUCUUUCCUAUUUUCGUAUGAAAAGCUAGGAAGACGCACAGAGAAUUUCUGCAUACACCCAAAGUCGAAGUUUAUUUGUGAUACAGUUAUCAAUCCCUUUUUUCCAAGAUGCCGUUUGGAAAGGACGGAGACGGAGGGGGCCCCAUGAGAGUUCGAGGCAGUUACAGUGGAGGGAAUCGAAGCAGUUUUGGAGGAGGCAGCAGUGGUGGGGGCAGUAGAGGUGGAGGCCGUGGAGGUGGCAGCAGAGGAGGCGGUAGAGACAGUGGCGGUGGUAGAGGAGGAUUCCGUGAUGGAAAAGGAGGUGGCAGUGGUGGCAGUAGAUUCGGAGGAGGCGGCGGUGGUGGAGGAGGUGGUCGAUUCGGAGGAGGAGGAGGUGGUGGUGGCAGAGAUGGAGGUCGAUUUGGAGGCAGAGGUGGAGGCCGACAAGGAGACCGACUCUACAAACCACAGUGGAGCACCAAGACCUUACAACCAUUCAAAAAGGACUUCUAUGUACCACAUCCGGCUGUGGCAAACCGAUCUACAUUUGAAGUUGACCAGUAUCGCAAAGCAAAGGAGAUUACUGUAGAUGGACCUGCUCCCAAUCCCAUCCAAAAUUUUGACGAGGCAUCUUUUCCUGACCAUGUGAUGGAAGAAAUCAAGAGGCAAGGUUAUGAUCAGCCUACAGCUAUCCAGGCACAGGGAUGGCCAAUUGCCUUGAGUGGUCGUGACAUGGUAGGGAUUGCCCAAACUGGAUCUGGAAAGACUCUAGCCUACAUCUUGCCAGCUAUAGUGCACAUUAACAACCAACCACCUAUAAACAGAGGUGAAGGCCCUAUCGCACUGGUAUUGGCCCCAACAAGAGAGUUAGCUCAGCAGAUUCAACAAGUUGCUACAGAGUUUGGACACUCCACAUAUGUAAGGAACACCUGCGUGUUUGGUGGAGCACCUAAAGGACCCCAAGCAAGAGAUUUAGAGCGAGGUGUUGAAAUCUGCAUCGCCACACCAGGAAGGUUGAUUGACUUCUUGGAGAAGGGUACAACUAACCUGGAACGUUGCACCUACCUCGUAUUGGAUGAAGCUGAUAGAAUGCUUGACAUGGGUUUUGAGCCUCAAAUAAGGAAGAUUAUUGAACAGAUUAGACCAGACAGGCAGACAUUGAUGUGGUCUGCUACUUGGCCCAAAGAAGUGAGGAAGUUAGCAGCUGAUUUUAUGAAGGACUACAUUACCAUCAAUAUUGGAUCACUGCAGUUGUCUGCCAAUCAUAAUAUUUUACAGAUUGUUGACGUAUGUCAGGAGCAUGAGAAAGAGUACAAACUUAACCAGUUGCUGAAUGAAAUAGGCAACAGUGCAGAGGCAGGCUCCAAAGUGAUUAUAUUCGUAGAAACUAAAAAGAAGGUCGAAGCGAUUACAAGGGCGAUUAGACGAUUUGGUUGGCCUGCAGUGUGCAUGCAUGGUGAUAAGAGCCAACAAGAGAGAGAUUACGUCCUAAGUGAAUUUAGGACAGGCAAUUCAUCUAUUCUAGUGGCUACAGAUGUUGCUGCAAGAGGAUUAGAGGCACAUGCAGGAUGAGCGUACGUAGUAUAAACACGAUUGCGAGUUUGCUACUGAUACGCCUUAGUUGUGUUCUUAACAAAAAAAAAGACUUGGAAUGCAAUUCUGUGUCUUGCGGUGCCUCUCGUGGAAGACCGAUGAUGGAAGAUUAGAACUUGGCACUCCUAUAAAACAACAUAUGUUGUUUAAUAAGUUGUCCUUCUCUUACUCUUUACAAUAUCCUAUUUUGUUUUUUACCAUCCUUAAGUCUCCCUGUCAUUCUCUCACUUCAUUCUGUAAAAUUCAAACACUUCAAUGAAAGUUACAUGAAAACUAUAGUAAUCUUAAAUUCCACUGUCAAAGUAAAUUUCUUGGCUCACGUCUCGGUCCGUACUGUUUUUCUGAUACUCUGGGCCUAUUAAUUCAACAGAGCAGUGGUCAAAUGAUGGAGUGGAGUAGUUUGAAUUCAUUCAACAGUAUAUAUCUAUUCCUGUUGCCUGGGUUAUCCCGACCCAUAGCCUCAACCAUUCAUUAAUAUUAAAAAUGUUUAUGUCAGGAGCAAGGGUUGCAGAUGACAUUAUUGCAGUCAUAUGAUUGUCCUUAUAUCCGUUACAUUUUUUGCAAACUUCCUCAGCUUACAUUUGUAUCAUGACUCCAAAAAAAAAAAUGUAGCUCGGCCUUAUGCGUGUUAUACAUGCAUUCAGUAGCAUCAUCGUGGGAUGAUUUGAUCAAAAACUCGCUUAACAUAACCUUGAGCUGUGCCGAGCUGCAGAGAGAAGGUGGUGCCAUAGAAAGUGAAGGUCUUCCUGUCGGUCCAGUCUGCAGUGUGUUCAAAUGCAAUAUAAUAAAAUGCCGUAUGCCGAAAUUGACGCAUAUCGAGAAACGCUGCAGAAGCCACACAAAAACUCAUACCUUACUAUCACAUUGCUACUAUAGCGAUAAACUAUUACUGUACAUACAGCUCUCGACGUCACCUGGAUAUCUGUCUUAAGAGAAAAAUAACCCUACACAUGACGUGGAAGGUAUUAAGUAUGUAGUCAACUAUGAUUAUCCGAAUUCGUCUGAGGAUUACAUACAUAGAAUCGGUAGAACUGCUAGGUCCGAGUCUACCGGCACCUCAUAUGCAUUCUUUACGCCGUCCAAUUCGAGGCAAGCUAGAGAUUUGAUUUCAGUCCUGAGUGAAGCCAACCAGGUGGUAAAUCCAAAAUUAGCCGAAAUAGCGAACAGACCGCAUGCCUUUGGCAAAGGAGGCGGUCGCGGUUUCGGUGGCGGCGGUGGAGGCGGUAGAUUUGGAGGAGGAGGCGGCAGCGGAGGUCGCGGUGGUGACAGGAGAAGUGGUGGCGGCAUGGGAGGAGGUAGAGGAGGAAGUGGUGGUGGAGGCCGUGGAGGCGGCGGUGGCAGUAGAGGAGGAGCCGGUGGCGGUGGAUUCCGCUCUCGCGACCAAAGUUCUUCGAGGCCGAGCUCGCGCUUCGGUCCUCCAGUUGGAGGAGGCGGUGGAGGAGCCAGUGGCGCCGGUGGAGGAGGUUUCAGGCAAUCGAAUGGAUACGGUGGCGGUAGAGGUGGUGCAGGAGGAGGAGGUAAAGAAUAGAUCAUUCAGGAUAAAAAAUAAGCAGGCAGCUGGGAUAAAGCACUGAUAGGUUAUUGAAGAGCCACGGAGCACGAAUCUUGAUUUUCAGUAUUUAUUGUAAUUAUUCUUAUAUAAUUCUUCAGAGGCAUUCCUGCUGAAUAAACUGUGGAAGAAGUGUAAUGUGCAGGUUGAAUAAUUGAUUUUCCGUAUGUGUUAUAUGUAUAAUUACACAAUCAUAGUCGUCCUCUUAUUGAAAAUGGAUUUUAAAUAUGCAAUUUCUGUGAUUAGAGCAUUAACCUUUGACAGUGUAAUAACAAUUAAGAAUAAAUUAAUUCGUAAAUGUAA